AUGUCUGCCCGCCGACCCCAUGGACAAAGCUAUGCCGAUGUUGCGGCGAAGCCUGCCCCAAAGAGUGAUUCUGACAUCACCCCAGCUGUACCAGCAGAUGUGAUUUACAAGCUUCUUGCCUUCACGGCCGCCAUGGUGUUCGGCCCUAUCGGCAUCUAUUUCUUGACAGUGAACACGGUCUUCAGAGGUAACUCAACUUUUGCCGGCAUUGCCGCUGCCGUUACUGCCAACGUGGUCUUAUUUGCGUACAUCUACGUUGCCUGGCUAGAAGACCAGGGCGACAAAAAGGAGGCCGACAAGGCCGAGUCCAAGAAAGCACAGUAG